AGACCAAUCAGAGCGCACGCUGAUGGAAGGCAGUGGGGUUUGAGGCACACCGAGUCUACAUGAGUGUCUGGAGGAUAUUGUGAGGUUUACGAAUGAUGUAAAGAAGGAUUGACUUUUAUGUAGUUCUUUUUUUUUUCGUUUCACAGAUCCCUGGAUGUACAUUUUCUUCCUUUCUUCGUUUGGAAUACCUUUUUUAUACAGGAAAUGUUAUUGACUUGAUGGUGGAUCCAGUUCAACUUUUCCUCACUCACCGACAUUGCUCAAUGCAUCCCUUUUUAGACCGACGGUUUUAUGGACUUCUGUAUUAGCUAAUGAUGUCUAUGGGUUUCAUGGCUGAUAGUUUGAAUUCUUCAGACCCCUCCAAAUCGACCUUUUUCGAGUUUGGGCACGGGCACCCUGAGCACCAGCAGCAUUCCCAAGGACACUCUCACAUCUACCCCGUUAAUGGCUUACAAUCUGCCGGACACUCUCAACACGGUAGUCCCUUCUCCCCCAGCGCGUCCUCCUAUGGCCGCUCCCUGGGCUACGCCUACCCCAGAGCGGUGAACACUCAUUACCCGAGUGCCUACAUGCCCUACCAGCACAACAAUCACAGUUUGGCGCACUCCAGAUUAGAUGAGACGGACCAUGAGAAGUCUACAGUGAUUGAGAACGGGGAAAUUCGUUUGAAUGGUAAAGGAAAGAAAAUACGCAAACCACGGACCAUCUACUCCAGUCUUCAGCUCCAGGCGCUCCAACAUAGGUUUCAGCAGACCCAGUACCUGGCUUUACCCGAGCGCGCCGAUUUGGCGGCUAAAUUAGGGCUGACCCAAACACAGAUUAAAAUAUGGUUUCAAAACAAGCGCUCGAAAUAUAAGAAGAUAAUGAAGCAUGGCAGCGGGCCAGAGGGGGAACAUCUCCACAGUACGUCAUCUAUUUCUCCGUGUUCACCCGGGAUUCCUCAACUUUGGGAGGUGUCAAUGGCAAACAAAGGGACCCCUAUGCACCCCAACAAUUACAUGAACAAUUUUGGUCACUGGUACCCAAACCAUCUCCAGAAUCCUAUGCCCAGACCUCAAAUGAUGUGAGCAGACCAUCUCAACACACUGCACGGUGCUGUAAAACUCACCUGGCCAUUUCUAACUUUUCAAGUGCCUUAAGGCUAUAUCUGCCUACCCCACACCCGAACACGUCUCAUCUAGCCUAUCAAGUUUGAUUUAUGUGUUAAAUGUCAAUUGUCUUUUUGUUGUUGUCUUUCAAUGCAAUGUAGCCUAUGUUUUUUGAUGACAAUUUCUAUGUAUGGUUAGCCUAUUUCUUGUGUCCACUUUACGCACUGUUCUUAAUUUUUGGAACGUCUUUGGUGAGAAUUGUGCUGUCAGGUGGCAACAUGCUUAUGGUUUGAUUCCAGCAAGGUACAUGCACCUGAAUAUGUGUGUCAAUUGGUUAUGACCGUAUUAUUAAUGUGAUUAACAGUAGUGUCCCAGGCAGUCCACGUUUGGAAAGCCUCGUCACAGCAAAUAUGAAUUUAUUGUGCAAAUACAUGUCAGAAUUGUUUGAUAUACACUGAUGGAUCUCGGCGUCUAUUAUUGUGAAGGUGUCAUUAGUUAUUGAUCAUUUUAAAGUGCUUUGUUUGAUAUACCAUGCCUUCAGAAAGUAUUCACAUCCCUUUACUUUUUCAAUAUUUUGUUGUGUUACAGCCUGAAUUUACAAUGGAUUAAAUUGGGAUUGUGUGUCACUGGCCUACACGCAAUAUCUCAUAGUGUCAAAGUGGAAUUUUGUUUGUAGAAAAAUGUUGAAGGUGAAUUAAACAUUUAAAGCUGAAA